AUGGCUCUUCGGAUUCCCCAAGUAGCUUCUCUCACUAAAACGCUUCCUCUGAAUAGAGAUUCCUCUAUUGUUGCAACGAUAUCCAAAAGCUUCAAUGCCCCUUCUCUUGCGAUCCAAUGCAAAGCCUCAUCAGUUAAUGUUUCUUAUCAAAAUCAGCAAGUUUCUCGUCGAUCUGGAAAUUUCAAACCUGAUUUUUGGCAUUAUGAUUAUAUUCAAUCACUGGAUAGUAAAUACAAGGAACAAGCAUGCGAACAAGAAAACAGAAAACUAGGAGCACAAGUAAGGUUAUUGCUCUUAGAAACAGUGAAUCCUCUGGAUCAGCUUGAGUUUAUUGAUACCUUACAAAGGCUUGGACUAGCUUAUCAUUUUAAGAGUGAAAUAAACAAAAUGCUGGAAAAUAUCUAUGACGUGGACAAGUUCAAGAACAAGCAGAAUUUGUAUGCCACAGCUCUCGAGUUUCGACUCUUAAGACAACAUGGCUAUGAUAUAUCCACAGAUGUGUCUGAUAGCUUUAUAAACGAUGACGGUGAUUUUCAAGCGAGUUUAUGCCAGGAGAUCAAGGGAAUGCUUUCAUUAUAUGAAGCCUCAUUUCUUUUAAUGGAAAAUGAAACUAUUCUGGAAAGAGCUGCAGAUUUUACGUCAAAAUCCCUGAAAGGUUUUGUGAGCAAGAAUCCAGAAUAUGAACUGGCAUCCCAAGUGAAACAAGCU